AUACUACCUUAAUUACAAAGAAAAGCUGAAUAGCCAGUCCAGGCUCCAUAAACUGGUGAAAGGGCACAAGCUUAGAAAAAGAGCCAUCAAUCGUGAUGAAGCAGCAGCAGCAGCAGCAGCAGAAGCUGUUUCUCAUCGCGACCUUCAUUUUCUUCCUGUCUUCCCCAACCUUUACCGAUGGUGCCGGAAUUUUAUCACGCAUUUUUGACCGCACGAUCACGGCUUCCGGCAACAACCACCUCAGCAGUGGCAACAGCAGCAGCAAAUACUUGACCAGAGAUGCUCUCUGGUUCAACCAAACUCUCGAUCACUUCUCCCCUUAUGAUCACCGGCAAUUCAGACAGCGUUACUAUGAGUUCCUAGACCAUUUUCGGGCUCCCGACGGGCCAAUUUUCUUGAAAAUCUGCGGUGAAUCGGAAUGCGGAGGGAUAUCCAAUGAUUACCUCGCUGUUUUGGCAAAGAAAUUCGAAGCUGCAGUGGUGUCUCCUGAGCAUCGUUACUAUGGGAAGAGUUCCCCUUUCAAAUCUUUGACCACUGAGAAUCUGAGGUUUCUUUCUUCAAAGCAGGCACUUUUUGAUUUAGCUGUUUUCCGUGAUUAUUAUCAGAAAUCCUUGAAUGCCAGGUUCAAUAGGACCGCAGCUGAUAAUCCAUGGUUUGUCUUUGGUGCUUCGUAUUCUGGAGCUCUUAGUGCCUGGUUUCGUCUGAAGUUUCCUCACUUGACUUGUGGAAGUCUUGCCAGCUCUGGUGUUGUUCUUGCUGUUUACAACUUCACUGAAUUUGAUCAGCAGAUUGGUGAGUCUGCUGGUCCUGAAUGCAAGUCUGUGUUACAAGAAAUUACUCAUCUAGUUGAGGAAAGGCUUGCAUCUAAUGCCAAUGAGUUAAAAUCAUUGUUUGGUGCUCUGGAGCUAAAAAUAGAUGGAGAUUUCAUGUACUUUCUGGCAGAUGCUGCAGCUAUAGCGUUUCAGUAUGGAAAUCCAGAUAAACUAUGUACCCCUCUCAUUGAAGCAAAAAAGGCUGGGGAGGAUUUAGUGAAUGCAUAUGCCAUAUAUGUGAAAGAGUAUUAUGUCAAGAGCUUUGGUGCCAAUGUUGAAACAUAUAACCAGCAACAUCUGAAGAAUACUGCUGUGAAUGAUGACUCAGCUGAUCGCUUAUGGUGGUUCCAAGUCUGCACCGAAGUAGCAUACUUUCAGGUGGCCCCAUCAAAUGAUAGUAUUCGAUCUUCGAAGGUUGAUACAAGAUACCAUUUGGACCUUUGCAAAAAUGUCUUUGGAGAGGGCAUCUACCCUGAUGUUGAUGCAACCAAUUUAUACUAUGGGGGUACUGAUAUUGCUGGUUCAAAAAUAGUUUUUUCUAAUGGAUCACAGGAUCCUUGGCGGCAUGCUUCCAAACAAACUUCUUCUCCAGAGAUGCCUUCAUAUAUUAUCUCUUGUCAUAAUUGUGGACAUGGAACUGAUCUGCGGGGUUGCCCUCAGUCUCCUUUAGUCAUUGAAGGUGAUGCCAGCAAUUGCAGCUCCCCUGAUGCUGUUCACAAGGUCCGGCAGCAGAUCAUAGAGCACAUAGAUUUAUGGCUGUCUCAGUGUCGGUCUUCAGAUGAUGUAUAAUUUGCUUAGCCAUUGAUCCUGCCAUCUGUACGAGUAAUUGUAGUGUCCAGGCUAAAUAAGAGAACCAACUCUUACUGAAGCCGCACAUUUCCUUGUGGAAAUGUGCGGAGGUAGAUAUGAAUGAAAACUGAGACGAUGAUCGCACUGCUUAUUUACUACUUUCUCGGAGUCAGUUUGCUGAGCUAAGGGGCUGAGGAGAUGAGACAAGCCGUUGUAACCAGCAGAAGGGAAAACAACAUUAAAAGCAAAAAGGAAAGAGGAGCAAAUUAUGAACUUCCAAAGUAAGACAAUGCCAGCCAAAUUACUGAAAAGUAAGAUGCUGUAAAAGGGUGAAAAAUGUUGGUAGUUGUGAUGCUUGAAUAGUGUCAAAAAUUUCAAGCGCUUUAUAAUGGAAAUUCCUUCUCUUCAAGUUCCUUCGUUAAA